AUGAAAGACAAGUUCUUAGGCAAGUACUUUCCUCCUGCCAAAACUGCUCGUCUGAGGAGCAUGAUCCAAGAGUUUCGCCAAAAGGAGGGAGAGUCAUUCUACGAGACAUGGGAGUGUUUCAAGGAGCUGCUGCUUAAGUGUCCUCAUCACGGCCUCGAGGAUUGGGCUUUAGUUGAGAAGUUUUAUCAUGGAGUGACGCCCGCCACGAGGAAUAUGCUGAACACCACUGCUGGUGGCAAUCUGAUGAUCGCCAAAACACUAGAGGAGUGCACUGAGAUGUUCGAGGACAUAGCGAUGAGUAGUUACGAGUUUCCUAAUUCCAGAGAUUCAUCCGCUACACAGAGAGGCGUGCAUAAGGUUGAUGAUACCACUAGGAUGCAAGCGCAAAUUGACGCCCUGACAAAAAAGAUGAAUGAUAUGGAGUCAAAGAAGGAACAGGUGUGCGAGAUAUGCACUGGGAGGUAUGACAUGACCGCGUGUCAUAUUGCCCCUGCGGAGUCACCAGAGCAGCUGGAAGAACAACAACCCACCGGGGUUUCAGCCGCGUCAGAAUUUGUUUCAGGACGCAGGAGCAGGAGCAGGAGCGAGUUCGGGUACGAAGAACCCGACAAUAGAGGAGAUGCUGAGGCAAUACCAGGACAGUUAGCCAAGCAGACGCAGUUGCUUACACAGUUCAUCACGCAAGAGGAUACUCGACAUCAGGAGACACAGUCGAGGUUCAUGGAGCACGAGACCUUCAUGAAGAGUCAGAACACUGCACUGCAGAACCUGGAGAGGACAGUCGGUUCGUUGGCCGAUCAGCUGAACCAGAGACCUCAAGGUGGUCUCCCUAGUAGCACUGUUGGAAAUCCAAACGCCACUGCAAAGGCUGUUACUACGAGGAGUAGGCGAGGAGCUGUCGAGGUCGAGCUGGUAGUUGAUGAGGAACCUGUCGAAGAGGAGAUUGAGAUGGAGACCGCUGCUGGCAAAGUGCACGAGAGGCUGCGCCCAGCAAGUACAGCACAGUCCAGCGGGUCUUCAGGAGAGAAGAAGGAGGAGAAAAAGGAGCCGAUGAGGGUGAACCGACACCCCUUACCCAGGUCGGGUAAUAAAGAGUAA